UUUCAAUGGCAAUUCGCCGAAAUGCUUGUCUAUAAAAAUAGUGUUCGAUGUCUUUUUUUGACAGAAACAGUCAGAUCUUGGUAGAGAGUGAAUUAUUUGCUUGUAGUGAGUUACAGAAAGUCAGUGAGUACGUCCGACGCGGCGACCUUUUAAAAGUCGUUUCUUAUUAAAUCUAAAACGUUAUUUAAUAACUGAGAAUUUUUUUAUUAUAAUUCACAUUCUUUAUAAGGCAAAACAAAAUGGCAGACGACUUCAAAACGUUGACCGGCGUGUCUCCUCUCAUCACCAACGAGAGACUGAACGAAUCUCUCACCAAAUGGUUCGGCGAGGACACAACCUUCACCCAUUGGGAGUAUGUCGGCGACACCGGCAAGGGUGAUUCCUACCUCAGCGAGUUGAUUCGCAUCAAAAUCUACGGCCUGAAUUCGAACAAAGAGUCGAAGCACGUCCAGUGCGUAUUAAAGAGCAUCCCAAAAAACGUAUCUAGGCGCUUGACGUUCCGCAGCAAUGAGUUCUUCUAUAACGAGAUCAGUUUCUACGAGAAAGUCUUACCUGAACUAUCAAAGUUCCGAGCCUCAAAAAGCGCCAAUGAACCGUUCGACAAAUGCCCGAAAUUGUUAUUCUCAUACGUCGACGGGGUCCAUGACGUCAUUUGUUUGGAAGACGAAUCGAUAUAUGAUUACGGCGGUGCCGUCAGACAGGAAGGUAUAGAUUAUGACCACGCGAAAUUGUCGUUCAAGGUCUUAGCGCGAUUCCACGCUAUAUCGUUCGCAAUGAAAGACCAAAAACCGGAUGAGUUCGAGAGGAUUCGUAAAGAAUUGCUAGAGACGUACUACCACGAACGCCUGUGGGACUGGUAUUCGAAGUUUUGGGAUCGGCUUCGGUUCAUUGCGAUAGACGCUGUCGAAAAGGAAUAUCCUAACUCGAUAUACUCGGAGAAGGUCAAGGAAUUCGCCGUACCGGAAAUAUACAAGAAGAUGGUAGAUGCCGCCACGAAUACUCUUGAUACCGGCGUCAUAUCUCACGGGGAUUGCUGGACGAAUAAUUUCCUAUACAAAUACGUUGAUAGUCGGCCGGUUGACGCGAAAAUCAUUGAUUUCCAACUGACGCGCUGCGCCUCGCCGGUUCUAGAUGUUUCCUUCUUUGUUUACGCGUGCACGACUCGUGAACUAAGGGACAAACACUACGAUGAACUCAUUGACUAUUAUUACGACGUAUUGUCGCAAGAAAUUCGAAGCUUAGGUAGCGAUCCUGAUAAGAUCUACCCUAAGUCAUUGUUCAUGGAAGAAAUCAAGAAAUACUCGUACUUCGGGUUAGGUUUUAGCUUCGAAUCGACCCCGUUCAUCGUCUUGGCGCCCGAAGAUGCUGUUAGUAUGGAGAUGGAGAGCGAAGAAAAACUUAACAUAGACGAUUUCUGGCAGGUCAAACCGUUUAAAACUAAGGAAACGAGGCUGAGAGAAGCCAACAACGUCGUACAUUGCGUGGACAGGGGAUACAUAUAAAUAAUAAAAUUAGUAGUUCCUUCGCGUUUAGGCCGGUGGCUCUCAAAGUUCUCCAUAAAAAUUAGCCUAAAGAAUCGAUUUGGGGAUCCAUAGAAUCACAUGAUACGCAUGUACUAAUAUUUAUCUAUUAGAUAAAUAAAACAGUUUCAUCUGAAUUAGUCUCUAAUAUGACAGCAAAGUAAAUAUCGUCAAUUCAUAAUGUAUUUUUGUUGAAAUUUUAUGUGAUUUCAAAGGGACAGUGGUUUCUUUUUUGACCAAAACUAAAUUGCAGUUGCAUAGCGUAUCUAAACUUCCUAGAUCUACCCUCACUGGCUGGCACCACAGUUUCCUGUUUCGGUUUCAAAUAUCCCGGACCCCCAUCAUUGAAACUUUAAUAAUUCAUAAUAAAUCAAUAUUGGCGACGAUAUUCAGGGUACCCGUAAUAGCAAAAAUUCUUAGACUUUGAGUGUCACUGGUUUAGAGGCGUUGAAUCGAGGCGUUAACGCCCCACCAAUAGUUUGACCUCCACAAUAAACAGUAUGGAAUCCUGCCGGAUGAGCUAUUUAAUAGCCUGUUCGUGUGAUCGUUUCUCUAAUAGAUUUAGUAAAAAUAUAUAAUAAUAUACUGGGUGUUAGGAAACCGCAUCCGAAACCAAAAAAUUGGUACCUCCAAAGUUGUAAAUUUUGGGAAGCGCGGUAUCAGCGCCGCGCCCGCGCGUUCGUUGACCCCGAGCAUCAGCUGUUUCUGAUUUUGUGUUUCAUUGCUGGUUUUUUUUUAACAUUAUGGGACGUAAAUAAUGCUAAUAAAACGUUUUAAAAUAGU